UAAAGUAAAGCUUCACUUCCCGUCUGUUCCCGUUGGAAAAAUAAGCAACCUGAUAAAUACAAUUUCAUCAUAUUUCUUUCUGGCGUCGGAAUUAAACUGUAUUAACAUAGAUACGGGGAAAUUGAAGGAACCUCCUUGGGAAGAUGUGAUUGAACUGCAGAAGGAAGUUUUUUUGCUCCGAGAAGAAAAGCUGCAGCUGGAUAUCGAUCAUUUGAAGAAGGAUAAGGAAGUACUGAUGAGGCCCAGGAAGCCUAACUGGUCUACGGAGCAAAAGCUGCUCUUGGUGCAGCUAGUGAAAGCCAGGAGAGAAGGUUUGCUGACGGGGAGGCAUUCUUGCCGUGAGACAGCUACCAACCGACGAUGGGCAUGGGACGAGAUUGCAGAGGAAAUCUCCACUGCUUACCCUGAUGUUACUCGUACAGGAAAGGAGUGUGAGAGACACUGGUUCAUAGAGCAAGCUAAAGCAAGAGAGGCCUUGGUAUCCCAAAAGUCACCUACAGAACAUAUCAAUCCAGUGACCAAACUAGUGCUGGAAAUCCUCAAACUACAGAAAAAGGACACAGAUUUCAGGGCUGAAGAAGACAGUACAAGCUGUCAAGAAGAGGAGGAGGAACAAAUGGAAGUGAAAUAUGUUCCAACUACAGUUACACCUUUUAUAAACAUUGAAUUGCCUCUGAAUAACACAACCAACAAUAGUGAAGAUAAUGUUCCAGUCAGUCCUAUAUGCCCACUGUCACCCUCUGCAGAAAAAAAGACUUUAGAGAUAUCUGUUCUUCGCCGUCAAGAACGUGUGUUACAGCUACAGGAGGAAUACUACUCCCUCAAAAUCAAACAGCUCAAAGCACGCAUGUUAAUGGACCUUUGAUGGGACAGUGAGGACAUGUGUGUGUGUGGGGGGGGGGACUGUUUUACUGUUUCAAAAAAAAAACUAGGAGUUUUAGGUCUAGAUUUCUAUUGUCAUAGCUGUGAAUUUAACUAUCUGUUCAGGCAAAGGUUGCUCAAAUGGAGUGCUGUUAGAUUUAUACUCUAUCUCAUUAGUUUCCAGAGAAACAGCGUUAACCCAAUGUGUCGUACACAGUAUGUGUGUGCGUCAGGGGAAAUUGUCUGGCUUUUAAUCUAGUAUAAUCUAAUGUUCAGUAUUUGAUAUUUCACAUUUUCACCAGUAGAUGGCAAGGUAGCAAUUUAUCUUCUCACUUGUGAUACUGUAUUUAAAAUGUGCACAUCUAGACAAGCAUCAAAUUUUGAUGUUUUAGGUUUUUGCCAGAUAUUUUAAAAUUACAGGUAAUAGUCUGUAGGCCAAGUUUAGUGCUGCUCUGACAAACACUUUAAAAUAACAAUGUACUAAAACUGUAUUUAUGUUUGUUUUCUGUGAGAGACUGUGGUACUAUUUUUCCUGUUUAAGCUAUAGUUGUUCCACUGCAAAUCUUGUUAAAGAUGUAUUUGGCUUACCUUAUUUAAUUUUUAUCGAAUACCUUUUUUCACAUGAAAUAAGAACAUAAAUUUUUGGAUCACUGUAGAAUUGAUGCGCAUAUAAAAGUAACAUUUUGGGCUACCUGCUAUCCCUUAUGAUUUUUAACAUGUAUAUAUAAAAUUGGAGCAGUAAAUGAGCAGGAUGGCUGAGCUCUUGGGGUUAGGGGUGGCAUAUUUUGGCGUCUUAUUUGUACUCUACUGACACUAACCAAUAAUGGUUGUUGGCAAACUCAGAUCGACAGUUCUUUCCUCCCAUCCCCCUCCGACGGAAAUAUAAAUCGGUCAAGACAGUUGCAAUUGGUGCACUCUACAUUGAUUUUUUGUUUUGUUUAUUUGUUUAUAUAAGCCAAAUACCUCUUUAAAUAAUAAAAUAAUGAUCCU